CGGACACGGAGUUGGACUCCGAGGCUGCCCAAAUCCAAUACGUAACUAUCUCCCUAUUGAAUUCUCAAUAGGAUAUCGGUAUAUAUGCCUGGCAGACACCUUCGUUUUGGUCUUGAGAGGCGCGGACUUCUUCUCCUAAGGAACAUCAAUCGACUCUGUUCUCUUCAUGUCGCUCGCCAUAGCUCCAACCACACUUUUUGUUUCGCUUCGGCGGUCGCUGCUUGUUUUUUUUUUUUUUUUUUUUUCUCCUCUAAGGCAUAGCAAGAAGCGAAGAGGUGAAUUGGCUGGUAGGCUCAGUGCAGCUGUUGAAAUUGAUGGCUGUUCAUGGUCAAAUUCUGCCUCGCGUUGGCGGUUGACAGGAUAUCUAACGUGGCAAUACCCGCAAACCGCCCUACGACGACAGGAAGAAAAGCGCAGUAUAUCUUGCACAAAGCCGUAGGCCUUCCAUACCGUUCUAAUCUGCGGGAGCCUCUAGAUUAGGUUGGCAGGUAAAGCUUCAUCAUCUUGUCAGCCUCCGAAUGGCGCGUGCCGUC